GGAGUAGGCAGGCGACACACGUGGACUUAUCUAACAUCAACCUUCAAACCUGUUUAAAUCAAGAUGGCCGACUCUCAGCUAACCAAUUUCCAGAAAUCAAAGAUUCUGCGAGUUUUCAGCAUACUAUACGAUAGCGACAAGGAUGGAUUUAUAGAAGAGAGGGAUUUUGUGAUGGCGAUCGAGAAAGUACGUCAGAUCUUAGAAUGGCCCGUAGAUUGUGACAAACACAAAGAAACGCAGGAAGCUUUGGGACUGAUCUGGAAGGGCCUACGGGCCUACGCUGACGUCAACGCGGACGAUCGGGUGUCGAAGGAAGAAUGGGUCCGUAUGUGGGAGGAUUGUAUCCGGAGCGACACCGUUCCGGAAUGGCAACAGAAAUUUAUGGAUUUUAUGUUCAACGUCAACGAUAAAUCAGGUGACAACGAGAUUGACGAAAACGAAUAUAAGACAUACUACCAGAACUAUAUUUCGGUGGACGAGUGUGAGAAGGCCUUUCAGAAGAUAUCGGGUGGUAAGAACAUAUCUCGAUCAGAGUUUGGACAGCUUUGGAAGGAUUACUUUUUUUCGGACGACCGCCAGGCGAAAGGAAACUAUCUGUUCGGCGUCCCCGACUUCCUGGCCGCGUGAAAUGUCACGUGAUCAGCUGCUGUUCCUAUUCAUAGAAUAGAGACCACGUGAGAAGCACGUGAUCUGGCUGUUGGAGCGAUUGCUUUUCUGUCUAAGUGAAUGUAAAGAUUGGAAUUCUAGUAUAGCCACAUGGCCGAAUGUUCAACGAAAACUUGUCCAUUUCCACGCAUGCGCAUGGUGUCUUUGUGUUACGUCAUUUCUCAGACAGUUCCAUGGUCGCAAAGAGAAUGUGACGUGAAACGGUUUGUUUUUUGUUUUGUUAGUGUUUUUUUUUUUUUUUUUUCAAAAUUUCAAAAUGUCCAGAUUUGUCAGACUGCUAAUUCUGUAGACAAUACAAACGACAAUAUUCGGAUUUGAAACAUGAAACAAUAUUUGCUUCUUUACGUCUAUUGACGACUUUUUAUUUUUCGCCGUUAUUAUUCUUUUUAUUUAUUUUUUAUAAAGGUAACACAAUAUUACUAGGGACUAACAGGAAUGUAUUUAAUCAAAAACAACAUAAAACAAUUAUUUUAAAACAUGAAUGGAUAUAUUUUAUUUUGGAUUGAAAUUUCAAUAACACUGCUUGCAAAAGUAUAGAUAUUUGAAACAAUUCUCACCAGAAAAAUAUUUCUCAAUGAUGUUUGUUCACGUCAGCAAUGCUGCACGUGACUUUGUGUGCACGUGACCGAACCGCUUUUUCAUGUUGACUAAAUAGCUGACCAAUUCGUAUAAAUUCAUAUUGAUUCUAAUUUAUAUUUCGUUCGUAUUUUUAUCCCGAGUGUAUACCGUCCCACAGGUUAAAACGGAACGGUGUAAUUUCUGGAUAAGAUAUACAGAUAAAGAUAUAUAUUAUAACACGUGCAUUAAAAACAGCUUAUUUUAGGGUCAAAUGUGACUAGUUUGUGACAGGAAGAAUAAGUUUGCUUAAAUUGUUGACAUUCUUAAAUAAUAGUGAGCGUGUGUUAUCUUUGACAAUCACGUAAACAUUGGACGUCUCGUGUUAUUUAGCAUUCAUAUAAAUAUCGUGUUUGCAUUAUAUGCCAUGUCAUCACAUUGGUAGUCACGUGCACAUUAGAAGUCAUGUGAUAUUUAUGGCAGUCACGUGACAUAAGAAUUCAUUAUUAGAAAUUGAUUGUCAUGUUUGAUAUUUUGAACUUGUAAGCGAAAAAUAAGUUAUAUAUUUAGCAGUGAAAAUUUUAAUAUACGUAUUGUACCCGCCAAACUUCGUCAGCGCCAUGCUUUAAUCUCAAUUGAGUAACAGUGUUCGGUAGAAUCAGUUUAUUUUUUUCGAAUUCUCACACUGAGGUGAGGGAUAAUACCAAGAACGCAUUGAUCUGGCUACGUGACUUUUGAUUGGAUAAUAACAAACCAAUCAGGUGCCAUGACGUGGAUGUGACGUCACAUCAGUUUUUUUUUUUUUUUUUGUUUUUUUGACAACUUCUUCAUUCUAUCAUGUUUGUGUGGUUUUUAAGCCAUUUUGAUGGUCCGCAUUAGAUGUUCAUCCGGGCUCUGAUUGGUAAUCGCAGACACCAUUAUCUCCACGUGCAAAAGACAAUGAUUUCCGGAUUUCGAUUAUCUGUGCAACAAAUUUUCGCUAAAGACACACUGCUAGUUUAGAUUAAGUGUUGACGUUGUUUAAACAGCCUGGGAUUCCUGUGAACUAUCAAAACCCGAGAGAUUCCGAGUGAUUAGUUUCAACCCAAAAACCGCCGAGACAUUUGUGUGGAGUAAUUACCGUCCAAAGAGUUCCAAAGACAGUUUUUGUCAGUUCAAGGAGACUGUGUUGAGUGUUUGUCAUUCAAAGAGAUCUGUUUAAGUCCGAGGGGUUCCGAAGGAAGCGAUAUAAACUUGUGACACGAAGCACGCGGACGACGACAGUGGAAUCCAUUAAUUUUAUUGCUGUGUAUUUCAUUUUGAAAUCUUUUUAUCUUUUGAUGUUGUACUAAUCAGACGGUGUUGUUUGUUGUUCUGUUUAAAUAGGUAGACUAAACACAUAAUCUUUGGCACAUCGUUGUUUUCAAACUAUUUACUUGCAUCUAGAUUUUGGACGUGUCCCAAUUAUCAAACAUAUUUUUACACAAGUGUUCACAAUUAUCAAACAUAUUUUUACACAAGUGUUCACAAUUAUCAAACAUAUUUCCAGAAACGUUGUGUCACAAAUAUCAAACAUAUUUACACAAACUUUGUCACAAAUAUCAAACAUAUUUACACAAACUUUGUCACAAAUAUCAAACAUAUAUUUAUACACGUGUCCAC